GAGCGCACUUUCGGAUACGCGAUGUGUGAUAUAUCAAAAAUAUCAAAUAUAUGACUAAGUGACAGUGACUAAGGAGUUUUGUUGUUGAUUGUAUAUGCAGACUGUUGAGAAUGCACGCGCCUCAUAGUGUUGUCGAUUGUCGAUAGUCAAGAUAUCGAGUGGAAAUUGGACCAUGGUUUUGGAGGGCGGGCUGCCGGCGCCCUUGCAGUUGUAUGCGGCGGCGGCGGCGGGCCUGGCGCCAAGGCCGGCCUGGCCCCCUUUCUUACCAUUCUUCGGAGUGCCACCCCCGUUUCUGGCCCGUCCAAGGCUUCCUCAUCCGUUGCCGACGAGGGCGCCUCAUGGACCUCCUAGUGAGGAUUCCAAUGAAGACGGAGGUAGCAGUAAAGGUGGCCUUGGAGAUGACGACGGUGAUAGCGGCAAGAGAAGACGAUCUCGGACGAACUUUAAUUCCUGGCAGCUGGAAGAGCUCGAGCGUGCAUUCCUUGCGUCGCACUACCCGGAUGUCUUCAUGAGAGAAGCGCUGGCGAUGCGUUUAGACCUAAAAGAAAGUAGAGUCGCGGUAUGGUUCCAAAAUCGCCGUGCAAAAUGGCGUAAGAAAGAGCACACAAAGAAGGGUCCGGGUCGACCUGCGCACAACGCUCACCCCCAGAGCUGCUCUGGUGAGCCCAUCCCUCCGCACGAACUCAGGGCAAGAGAGAGGGCGAGAAGAAGAAAGAAGUUGGCAAAAGCGCUAGAGAGACAAGCGAGGAAACUUCGGGCAAAAGGCAUCGCGGUGGAUUUAGAAGCUCUAAAGGCGGAAUACCUCGCACAGCAUAGAAACAGUGGACUCUACUCGGACUCAGAUGGAGAAAUAGAUGGAGAAGAAUUGAUGAUAGACGUUGUUGGUGGCGACUCGUGUCAUGACUCUGGGCCCGAAGACUUCUCCUUAUCUGGAAGACUCCGUGCACCUUCAGGGACGGAUGCUAUCAAUAAUUCAGAUAGUUCCACGUCAGACGGUCACUCUGCGAGAAAUUUCAGUCCCUUACCAGACCCCCAGUCGACCUUCUUCAAGCAGUUCAGCACAGCAGCCGCAAACUUCGACAAGUUCGACUUCGACUCGGGCAGGGCAGUUUCUUUAGAUCUAAGCGGCAGUUCGAACACGGAACAGAACCUAUCCAAAAACGUGGGAACAAGAAAACACAAUCCGUUCAGUAUAGAAUCACUACUUAACACGUGAAAAUGACUUUUUUAGAAUUAGAUUUGCCUAUAGAGGCUCCCGGAUCUAAUUUUCUCACAGACUCGAAUACCUGACCGGCAUCUCGUGAACAUGUUCCUUUGCUUUAAAUAAUACAUGAAUUAUAAUAAGUUGUAAUCAGCUUCGGUAAUAAGACUUUAUAGCAGUAGCGUUCAAAGGGUGCUCGACUACGGUAGUUACAGGCAAAUGACAUAAAAUGGAGAUAUCCUUCUUCGAUACAACUAAUACACAAUCUUUAUAACAGGUAGUGCUUUUAUGCACGUAUGAAGUGCACCAUAGCUGGGUAAAAUAAUUACCUCUUGGAUCACCAUACGCAGAAAUGACAGGUAAUAUAAAAUGGAAAAAUCCGCCUCCAAUAAACUUAAAUGCAUGUAUGAAGUGUCUGGUAUAGGAUACUACAAUACAAAUUUACUAUUUAGGUAAUGGAUGCGCAUUUAUCAAUUUUUUAUACAUUUUUUGUUUAAAAGCCUGGCGGAACACCCUGUGCACACAACUGCUUUAAAUAGGUACCAGUUUACAUAUCCCUUUGUGAAUAUAAGAUAGGAUUUGUAUUAUAUAGA